AUGGCUCAAGGCUCAGGUAAAGUCUGCCUGUCGUUUGCCAAGAUCUUGUAUUUCCACAGUUCCAGAGCCAUGCUGUUCCGCUUUCUCCUGGUGCUGAUGGGCCUUUGUUCUGCUCUGCGGCAUGUCCAGGUGACCGACGAUGCAGGGGCGGCGAAUGAGUCGCAGAAGUGGGGGUGGCUUGCCGAGAAGUUCCACCCGCACGCUGAGCUCGGGUUCGCCAGAUGCAUGUGUCAGAAGGACAUUUCCACUUAUGAGCAUGAGCAAAAAGAGUACUUCGGGGGCUACGACCGCAUGCAGAAAUGCGAAGCCGCAUGCCCUAAACUUGGUUGGGUCUGCUACUGCGAGUUAGACGGUCCCAGUUUCUUGCAGCAUAGCAGAAACGAUUACGACGAAGAAUGGUAG